CAAUGUUUGUGUGACUUUAGGAAGCAGCAGUAGAGAUGUGGUGCUUACCCUGGGCAUUCGCUCUUGGGGUUAUAGGAAUAUUAGCUCAGAGCGAUUUCCAGGAGACAGAUGUGUAUAGCAGACCACUUCAUGGUGAUAAGGAAGUGCUAGUAGAUAUCGAAGAUGUCAACAAAACGCAAUACCACGAGCAGAAUUUUAAUACAAGUGCUUACGUUUUCGGAUACGAAAUAGGACCUGAUGGACAGUUCCACCACGAAAACCGAGGACCCGAUGGUGUCGUCUACGGGUGCUACGGAUAUAUCGACCCAAACGGAAUGUUACAAGCGACACACUAUGUAUCUGAUGGAUGGGGCUAUCGAGUAGUCACACCCGGAGAAGAUGUUGAAAUAUUCUUACACCCACAUGAACAUGGAGAAGAUAAUAAUGUGGAUGGGCAAGCAGAAGAGCACGAACAUGAACACCAUACUCACCACGGCAAGCUUACACCAUGGGGAGAACUUUACUUCCCUAAAGGAUGUGGUAUGGGAGGAGGAGGAAGGCCAGGUGUACCAGGUCAACCAGGAUUCCCAGGACAACCAGGACAGCCAGGAUACCCCGGACAGCCAGGAAAACCAGGCGGACCAGGACAGCCAGGAUAUCCGGGACAACCAGGAGGGCCAGGAGGACCGGGACAACCUGGAUACCCAGGAGGACCAGGAGGUCCAGGAUAUCCAGGAGGACCAGGAGGUCCGGGAGGACCAGGAUACCCAGGAGGUCCGGGAGGACCAGGAUACCCAGGAGGACCGGGACAACCAGGAGGACCAGGAGGACCGGGUACGCCAGGAAAACCAGGGGGACCAGGAACUCCUGGAUAUCCAGGACAGCCAGGAGGCCCAGGAACACCAGGAUACCCUGGUAAGCCAGGAGGACCUGGAACGCCAGGAUACCCAGGACAGCCAGGAGGGCCAGGAACACCUGGAUACCCAGGACAGCCAAGUCAGCCAGGAUUCCCUGGACAACCAGGUAAACCAGGAACACCAGGAACGCCAGGAUAUCCAGGACAGCCAGGAAAACCAGGAACACCCGGAACACCAGGAUACCCCGGACAACCAAGUCAGCCUGGAUAUCCAGGACAGCCAGGAAAACCAGGAACACCCGGAACACCAGGAUACCCUGGACAACCAAGUCAGCCUGGAUAUCCAGGACAGCCAGGAACUCCAGGAACACCUGGAUACCCAGGACAACCAAGUAAGCCAGGAUAUCCAGGACAGCCAGGAAAACCAGGAACACCCGGAACACCUGGAUACCCAGGACAACCAAGUCAGCCAGGAUAUCCAGGACAACCAGGAAAACCAGGAACACCCGGAACACCUGGAUACCCAGGACAACCAAGUCAGCCAGGAUAUCCAGGACAGCCAGGAACACCCGGAACACCUGGAUACCCAGGACAACCAAGUCAGCCCGGAUAUCCAGGACAGCCAGGAAAACCAGGAACACCUGGAACACCUGGAUACCCAGGACAGCCAGGAACACCCGGAUAUCCAGGACAGCCAAGUCAGCCAGGAUUCCCUGGACAGCCAGGAAAACCAGGAACACCCGGAUACCCCGGACAACCAAGUCAGCCAGGAUUCCCAGGAAAACCAGGCACACCGGGAUCACCAGGAACCCCCGGUUACCCAGGCCAGCCAAGUCAACCCGGAUAUCCAGGACAGCCAGGAAAACCAGGAACUCCCGGAUUACCAGGUACGCCUGGAACUCCUGGUUUCCCUGGACAGCCAGGAACACCAGGACAGCCAAGUAAGCCAGGAUACCCAGGAACUCCGGGAACCCCAGGAUCCCCAGGUUACCCUGGACAACCAAGCCAGCCAGGAAAACCGGGAACACCAGGAUACCCAGGAACACCAGGUACACCAGGAUACCCAAGUCAACCUGGAUUCCCUGGGCAGCCGGGAGGACCAGGAACACCUGGAAAACCGGGAACUCCAUCAUAUCCAGGAUACCCAGGUACACCCGGAACACCAGGUCAGCCUGGAAAACCAGGAACACCCGGAUACCCAGGACAGCCCAGCCAGCCAGGUUACCCAGGACAACCAGGAACUCCUGGAACACCCGGAUACCCAGGACAACCAAGCCAGCCAGGAUUCCCAGGAAAGCCAGGAACACCAGGAACCCCAGGUUACCCAGGACAACCAAGUCAACCUGGAUACCCAGGAAAACCAGGUACUCCCGGAACGCCUGGAUUCCCAGGACAGCCAGGAAAACCAGGAACUCCUGGAACACCAGGUUUCCCAGGACAACCCAGUCAGCCAGGAUACCCCGGACAGCCAGGAACUCCUGGAACACCUGGAUAUCCUGGACAACCUAGUCAGCCAGGAUUCCCAAGUCAGCCGGGACAACCAGGAACACCUGGAUUGCCAGGACAGCCAGGAAAACCAGGCACGCCCGGAACACCUGGAUUCCCAGGACAGCCUACCCAACCAGGAUACCCAGGACAGCCAGGCAAACCAGGAACACCUGGAACUCCUGGAUACCCAGGACAACCUAGUCAGCCAGGAUUCCCAGGACAGCCAGGAAAACCCGGAACUCCCGGAACCCCUGGAUUCCCAGGACAACCAAGUCAGCCAGGAUACCCAGGACAUCCUGGAACACCAGGAACCCCCGGACACCCUGGACAGCCUAGUCAGCCAGGAUACCCCGGAUACCCAGGAACUCCUGGGCAUCCAGGUGAGCCAAGUCAGCCUGGAUACCCCGGUUUUCCAGGAAAACCAGGGACACCCGGAACUCCAGGACAUCCAGGAACACCAGGACAGCCUGGAUACCCUGGACAGCCAAGUCAACCAGGAUACCCUGGAUACCCAGGACAGCCAAGUCAGCCAGGAUAUCCCGGAUAUCCAGGACAACCAAGUCAGCCAGGAUACCCCGGAAAACCAGGAUCACCCGGUACUCCAGGACUUCCAGGCACGCCCGGACAACCAGGACAACCAAGUCAGCCUGGUUACCCAGGACAGCCAGGUAAGCCAGGAACUCCCGGAUUUCCUGGACAGCCAAGCCAGCCGGGAUUCCCAAGCCAACCCGGAUACCCAGGAGCACCCGGAACCCCAGGAACACCUGGAAUCCCCGGAAAACCAGGAACACCCGGAUACCCAGGGCAGCCAAGUCAGCCAGGUUACCCAGGACAGCCAGGUAAACCAGGGCAGCCAGGAUAUCCAGGACAACCCUCUCAGCCGGGAUUCCCAGGAGAACCAGAACCUCACCCCGGUUAUCCAGGAUCCCCAGGACACCCAGGAAAACCAGGAAUACCUGGCAGACCAGGAACUCCUGGAACACCCGGAGCACCAGGUCAGCCUGGACAACCAGGAUACCCAGGCCAACAACCCACAGGUCCAGGAUUCCCUGGAACUCCAUCACAACCGGGAUACCCAGGAACACCAUCACAGCCAGGCUACCCUGGAGUACCAGGAAGGCCAGGAACUCCUGGAACUCCUGGAACGCCAGGAUACCCAGGACAACAGCCCACUGGACCAGGAUUCCCCGGCACUCCAUCACAACCAGGAUAUCCAGGAACACCAUCGAAGCCCGGCUACCCAGGAGUACCUGGAAGGCCAGGAACACCAGGAACUCCAGGAACGCCAGGAAAACCAGGACAGCCAGGGUACCCAGGGCAACAACCAACAGGACCAGGAUUUCCAGGAACUCCAUCACAACCAGGAUACCCAGGACAACCAACAGGACCAGGAUAUCCAGGGACACCAUCACAACCUGGUUACCCAGGAAUUCCCGGAAGACCCGGAACACCUGGAACACCAGGAACGCCAGGAUAUCCAGGUCAGCAACCAACUGGUCCAGGAUACCCAGGCAAGCCAUCCCAGCCGGGAUACCCAGGAACACCAUCACAGCCUGGCUAUCCAGGAGUACCCGGCAGACCUGGAACUCCAGGAACCCCCGGAACGCCUGGAAAACCAGGACAGCCAGGAUACCCAGGGCAACAACCAACAGGACCAGGAUACCCAGGUACUCCAUCCCAACCCGGAUAUCCAGGAACGCCAUCACAGCCUAGUUACCCAGGAACACCAUCUCAGCCUGGCUACCCAGGAACACCCGGAAGACCAGGAACUCCAGGAACCCCCGGAACACCAGGAAAACCAGGACAGCCAGGAUACCCAGGACAACAACCUACAGGACCAGGAUUCCCUGGAACUCCAUCACAACCCGGAUAUCCAGGAACACCAUCUCAGCCUGGCUACCCAGGAACACCCGGAAGACCAGGAACUCCCGGAACACCAGGACAGCCAGGAUACCCAGGACAACAACCAACAGGUCCAGGAUUCCCAGGAACUCCAUCACAACCCGGAUAUCCAGGAACACCAUCCCAACCUGGCUACCCAGGAACACCAUCACAACCUGGUUAUCCAGGAACUCCGGGAAGGCCAGGAACACCUGGAACCCCUGGAACACCAGGAAAACCGGGUCAGCCAGGAUACCCAGGACAGCAUCCAACAGGACCAGGAUUUCCAGGAACUCCAUCACAACCAGGAUACCCAGGAACUCCAUCACAACCCGGAUAUCCAGGAACACCAACUCAGCCUGGCUACCCAGGAACACCCGGAAGGCCAGGAACACCUGGAACUCCAGGAACGCCAGGGCAACCAGGAUACCCGGGACAACAACCAACUGGACCAGGAUUCCCUGGAACUCCGUCCCAACCAGGUUACCCAGGAAAACCGACAGGUCCAGGAUACCCUGGAACACCAUCACAACCUGGUUAUCCAGGAAUUCCUGGUAGACCUGGAACACCCGGAACACCAGGAACCCCAGGACAACCUGCACAACCAGGAUAUCCAGCAUUUCCAGGAACUCCAGGGACUCCAGGAACUCCUGGAACACCCGGUAGACCAGGGCAACCCGGCUACCCGGGAAAACCAACUGGUCCAGGAUACCCAGGAACACCAGGUACUCCUGGAACACCCGGUCAACCUAGCGUCCCCGGUUAUCCAGGUAAACCUACUGGUCCAGCGUACCCAGGGCAACCAGGCAAACCCGGAUAUCCAGGAACUCCAUCUCAACCAGGAUGCUCUGGACGACCAGGGCAAUCAUGCCAACCAAGCUAUCCAGGAGAACCUUCAACUCCUGGAGUUACGGUCAUUACCUAUCCUCUUCCGAUCGUCCCCAGCCCAGGAUCUUGCCCGUGCUAUCUCGUUUCUCCUAACGCUACAUCAACUGGUCAAGGUUCAUCCCCUGGAUCUAUUCAGCUGCCGGCUGAUCUACCACCGAAUGCGGUCCUUGGCUAUAUACCCGUAAUUUUCGUUCCUUACUGUCCAGGUAAUUCAACAAACACAGAGGAAAUCAAGCCGAUGUUCCCAUCAGCUGUUCCUGUUCCUUAUGAGUGCUCUCAAUGCUCGGCGGGUUCAUCCCAGUCCCAGAGUGUGUUUUAUAAAAGAUAUAGCAGGGGUGGUGAUAAGUUUGUGGACUCGGUCUUACCAGUAGAAUUUGGUGCGAAAAUCAACCCAAGGCAACGAGUAAGGAAAGUUGUGUCAAAGCGACCUCUCAAUUAGGAUUAGAAAGCAAUAUUGUGAUCGUGCCCGUCGACAAGUUGUGUUUUGCAAGUUGUAUAUUUUCAUGAUCAGAACAGAAACCGCUCGGAGCACAGCACAACUUGUGGACAGCCACUUUGAACUGAACGAUUUUCUGUAAUUAUUUAAAUACUUCUUUUGUAACUCAUUAAUGGUGAGACAUUUUUAGAAUAAUGUGUUGUACCAUGACAGACUCAUUUCUUAAUUUUUUUAGUGUUAAGUUAAUAAACAUUUUUCUAUAAACUUUGUUUUUU